ACACCUCAGGAUGUUCGGGAUCAGAACACCUGACAGGAAGGUUGACCGCGCCGCAGCCUCACACCGUGAUCGGGCACCCUCACCACGAACUGACUCCUCGCCUGAAAAUACUUCUAACGUAAGAAGGAGUAUCGGCGACUGGGAGCAAGGAAGAGUGGAAGUAAAACCCACUCGCAUCCGCACCCCAGAAAAGGCAAAAGGGCCAGCAAAAAGAAUAAUCUUUACCAAAGACACAAAAGUGGUGACCCGAAAAGACCCGACAGACCUCACAGACUCGACAAGUCCCCCAAAAUAUGCCACGAAGUUGGCAGAGGCAAGGGCAUGUGUUACGAAGGCCAAGGUUAAUCUUGGCCUAUCCAGAAAUACAAAGACAGAAAUAAAAGAGGCAGUGACGCAAGCGGUCGACAGGCUGUACCAGAUAAUUAAGGAGUUAGAAAGCAAAGAGGAAAAGGCAGCACAGGAGAAAAUGACAGAAGGCACGGGAAUAAGAAAGGAACAGACUAAGGAAUGUGCCGAAUUAGUGGGAAAAAUUGAAAAUCAUGCGAGACUAAUAAAGGAAAAUAGCGAGAAAAUGCAAGAACUACAGAGCACUCUGGAAAAAUAUGGCAAACAGGAAAGACAGCAGCAGCAAUAUACAUAUGCUAGGGCAGUAAUGCAGGACAGAAAAAGCCCUACACAGCAGAAGUCGUUACUGUCAGUAGUAAUAACAUCAAAGGAUGAAAUGGAAACCGGAGAAGAGGUGCUAGAGAGAAUAAGAAAAGCGGUUAAAGCGAAAGAAGGCGGCAUAGUAGUAGAAAACAUCAGGAAGGCAAAAGACAGGAAGAUUAUAAUAGGAUGCAAGACAGAGGAGGAAAGAAAGCAGUUAAAAGAGAGGUUGAAGUGCGCAGAAAAGCACUUAAACGUGCAAGAAGUAAAAAAUAAAGAUCCUAUGAUCAUUCUGCUAAACGUUUUUAAAUAUAAUUCUGAUGAAGACAUCAUUGCUGCAUUAAAAAAUCAAAACAAGGGAGUGCUGAGCGAAGGAGGGGAUAAGGAGGAGAAGUUAGAAAUAGUUUACAAAAAGAAGGCGAGGAACCCACUAACUCAACAUGUAGUGAUGAGAGUCAACCCGCACAUUUGGAAAAAAUUGACUGACGUAGGGAGAGUCCAAAUAGACCUACAAAGAGUGAGAGUCGAAGACCAAUCGCCUCUCGUACAAUGUUCGCUCUGUUUGGCAUAUGGACACCCCAAACGACUAUGCAAAGACACAGCUGAGAAAUGUAGCCACUGUGGGGGGGCCCAUAAGAAGAGCGAAUGUGAAGAUUGGAAAGCGGGUAUAGAGCCAACAUGCUGCAAUUGUAAACUAGCAAAAAUGGAUAAGAUUGACCACAACGCGUUCAGCCAGGAGUGCCCGGUGCGGGAGCGAUGGGAUUCUAUAGCAAGAUCCUCAAUCUCAUACUGCUAAAGGCGCUCCGGGCACUCAGGGCUGGACGGUUGGUAGAGCUCAACAAUAUCGCGCUCUACAAACCAAACCGGGGACAGAGAGAGAGGUAUUGGGGGGAGAUGCCAACAUACGAAAUGGCUGGUGGGGGGGACGAAGAGUAAAUAAGAAGGGGAACAUCAAUUCGGAUCACAAGACGAUACCAGCAAAUAUAAAAUCCAAAAAUCAUCAAGGAGAAGAUAAUCAAUACAUUACUAGAGUAUUAAAAAAGGCUAGUUGGGAAGCAAUUUGGAAAAAUUUUACAAAAGUGUGGAA